AUGGCCAGUGGGGGCAGCGACCUCAGCACCAGGAUGUCUGCAGAAGAUGGGAACAUAGAAAACAAAUGUAUCAAUGACCUUGCACUCACAUAUUUCAAAAGAUAUAAGGUGGAUAUUUCAGACGCAAUAAAAACAACAUUUCCUUUCCUUGAACUUCUCCGUGACCGCGAAUUCAUAACCGAAGAAAUGUAUGAAAAAUCUCAAGAAUCUUUAAAAAAACGGUUUCCUGUACAUGAAGUCAUAUACGAUGUUCUCAGUGAACUGGAGAAGAAAUUUGAUAUGUCUCUUCUGGGAGCGCUGUUCAGCAAGACCAUCAUGAAGGCUUACCCCGAUUUAUUUCGCAUUUACAAAAAAUUCUACAAAGUGAUACCAGUUAUAAAAUUCCUCCUAAAAAGUGAUGGAGGAGAAGAAUAUGAGGAGAGGCCUAAUGAACAACUAAGCCUGGAACAAGAUACAGCCGCACCUGAAUGUGGACUCUUAGAGAACCGCCAUGAGACACAAGAGAUAAAUACAACUGAAACAGGUACAAACAGUGAAAAUAAGGAUGCACUAAAAAGCCAACAAGCAAAUGAACAAUGUGCCCAACAAUCGAAGACAGCAGGAGCAGAGCUACUCCACCAUGGAACCCAAACCAAUUCCUGCUCUGUAGACCCAGUGGAUGUAAAGGAGGAAAAGCCAUUUUUAAAUUCAGGAGUUAAAUGUGAAGCCCAAGCAAGGACUGACUGUAACCAGGCAUCUGACAUAAUAGUGAUCGACAGUCAGGACUUUGAAGAAUUUACUAGUGGAGAUGGACCCCCUGAAGCUUCCACCACAGCAUUGAAAAGGGAACCAGUGAUCGACAGUCAGGACUUUGAAGAAUUUACUAGUGGAGAUGGACCCCCUGAAGCUUCCACCACAGCAUUGAAAAGGGAACCAGGUACUGUGCAUCUUGGAAACAAAUCUACUUUAGAAAAAUCUGAGAGUAAAAAAAGGACAAGAGAGCACAAAGAAGAAAGUGUGAAUUUUCAACCUGAAAUAUUUCCAGUGACCUGUGGGGAGAUAAAAGGCAUGUUAUAUAUUAAGGAGUUCGAACAAGGAACCAAAAGAAAGUGUAUAAGAGGCCAGGAUGGAAAUUGGUUCACCCCUAAGGAAUUUGAAGAGAAAGCAGGCUUCGGAACCUCACAUAGUCGUUGGAAGACUCGUGUGCACAACUGUGGGUAUACCCUACAAUGGCUGAUGAAGAAGGGACUACUAGCUACCCCUCCAGCAGAACAUGGCAGGUCAAAAAAGCUGAGAAGUUCAGACGUAUGUAAGGUCUGCUGCCAUGAAGGAAAUCUCUUCUACUGUAAUACUUGUUCGAGCUUCUUUCAUGGGGACUGCCACCUCCCACCUGUGGAAACUGAGAGGAGCCCGUGGAGUUGCACCUUGUGCAGGGUGAAGGAGUUUUCAGGAAAUCAGCAAUCUGCCAGGGAAUCUGAAGUCCUGGCGAGGCUGAUGGGGCCUGAGGAGCAGCUGAAAUGUGAGUUCCUCCUCUUGAUGAUCGAAUGCUAUUCAGAGAGCAAUGUUUUUCCGAAUAUUCAACAUGAUAACUAUCGAAUAGAGAUACUACAAUGCAUGGCAGAUUUUUGGAUGCUGAAUGAAAUCAAGAAGAAGCUAAGUGAGCGGGGUUACCUCAGCGUAAUGGGGUUUAUGCAGGACGUACGCCGCAUCUUUCGGGAACACAGGGCAUCUGAAACGCACAAUAACUUUUGCUGGGGAAUGAGACUGGAGAAGCAAUUUGAGCUGAAUUUCAAGCAAGUGUUUGCUGUCCAGGAAACAGAACAAGAACAUACAACAAAAUUAAAUUAG